AUGGAAAUAGGCGUCACUAUUUCAUCGGGUCGGCGAACAGGCGUUCUUAAGUCUUAUUCCACGCCAUUUUGUUUUUCCAUUUCUUGUGUUUCUUUCUUUCUUUCUUUCUUUCUUUCUUUCUUUCUUUCUUUCUUUUCCUUAAAUUUGUUGCAAUUUCUUCUCUUUGUUUCCUUCACCUUCCUGGCUCCAGUUCUCAUUUCUCCUCUUCUAUUCUUUUCCCCUCCUUUCUCUUUCUUUCAUUUUUCUCCCCUGACUUCCCCACUUUUCUGUCUUCCUUCUAUUUUUAAUGACAAAUUAUAUUUAUCUCUUCUUUUUUUCCCCUUUUCCUUCUUUCUUUCCAUCCUCCUCCCCUCUCUUGUUACCUUCCUCUUUCUUCCUUUCUUUCUUCCCUCCAUUCCUUCCUUCCUUCCUUCCUUCCUUCCUAUCCUUCCUUCUUCAUCCUUCCUUCUUUUUUUCCUUCUUCCAUUCCUUCUUCCUUCCUUCCUUCCUCCUUCCUUUUUUUCCUCCUUCUUCCAUUCCUUCCUUCCUUCCCUCCUUCCUUUCUUCCUUCUUCCCUUCCUUCCUUCCUCAUUCUUCCUUCCUUCCAUUCCAUCCUUCCUUUCCUUCCUUCUUUCUUUCCUUCCUUUCCAUCUCUUCUUCCUUCCUUCCUUCCUUCCUUCCUUCCUUCCUUCCUUCCUUCCUUCCUUCCCUCCUUCUUUCCUUCCUUCUUCCUUCCUUCCUUCCUUCCUUCCUUCCUUUUCCUUCCAUCCUUCCUUCCUUCGUCCUUCCUUCCUUCAUCCAUUCCAUCCUUCCUUCCCUCUUUUCCAUCCUUCCUUCCUUCCUCCUUCCUUCCAUCCUUCCUUCCUUCCUUCCUUCCAUCCUUCCUUCCUUCCUUCCUUCCUUCCUUCCUUCCUUCCUUCUAUCCUCCCUCCAUUCCUUCCUUCUUCCUUCCUCCCUCCCCAUCCUUCCUUUCCAUCCUUCCUUCCUUCCUCCAUUCCAUCCUUCAUUCCUUCCUUCCAUUCCUUCCUUCCUUCCUCCAUUUCCUCCUUCCUUCCUUCCUUCUUUCCAUCCUUCCUUCCUUCCAUUCCUUCCAUUCCUUCCUUCCUUCCUUCCUCCUUCCCUUCCAUUCCUUCCUUCCAUUCCAUCCUUCCUUCCUUCCUUCCAUCCUUCCCUCCAUUCCUUCCUUCUUUCCUUCCUUCCUUCCUUCCUCCAUCCCUCCCUUUUCCAUUCCUCCAUUCCUUCCUUCCUUCCUUCCUUCCUUCCUUUCCUUCCUUCCUUCCUCCUCCCUCCUUCCAUUCCUUCCUUCCUUCCUUUCCUUCCUUCCUUCCUUCCUUCCUUCCUUCCUCCUCCAUUCCUUCCUUCCUUCCUUCCUUCCUCCAUCCUCCAUCCUUCCUCCUUCCUUCCUUCCAUUCCUUCCUUCCCCUCCAUUCCAUUCUUUUUUCCUUCCUUCCUUCCUCCAUCUCCAUUCUUCCUUUCCUCCUUCCAUCCUCCCUUCCAUUCCUUCCUUCCUUCCUUCCUUCCUUUUCCCUUCCUUCCUUCCUUCCUCUUCCUUCCUUCCUUUCCUUCCUUCCUUCCUUCCUUCCCUCCUUCCUUCCUUCCUUCCUUCCUUCCUUCCAUCUCUCUUUUCCUUCCUCCUUCCUUCCUUCCUUCCUUCCUUCCCUCCUUCCUUCCUUCCUUCCUUCAUUCCAUCCUUCCUUCCUUCUUCUUCCUCCCUCCAUUCUUCCUUUCCUUCCAUCCUCCUUCCAUUCCUUCCUUCCUUCUUUUUCUUUCCUCCUUCCCUCCCCAUCUUCCUUCCUUCCUUCCUUCCUUCCCUUCCUUCCUUCCUCCUUCCUCCCUUCCAUUCCUUCCUUCUUUCCUUUCCUUCCUUCCUCCUUCCUUCCUUCCAUUCCAUCCUUCCUUCCUUCCUUCCAUCCUUCCUUCCCUUCCAUUCCUUCCUCCAUUUCCUUUUUUCUUUCCUCCCUCCUUCCUCCAUCUCCUUCUUUUCCUUCCUUCCUCCUCCAUUCCUUCCUUCCUUCCUUCCUUUCUUUCCUCCUUCCCCUCCUUCCUUCUUUUCUUCCUUCCUUCCUUCCUUCCUUCCUUCCUUCCUUCCUUCUAUCCUCCCUCCAUUCCUUCCUUCUUUCUUUCCUCCCUCUCUUUCUUCCAUCCUUCCCUCCUUCCUUCCUCCCUCCAUUCCAUACUUCUUUCUUUCGUCCCUCCAUCUCUCUUUUCCUUCCAUCCUCCCUCCAUUCCUUCCUUCCUUCUUUCUUUCCUCCCUCCCUCCCUCUCUUCCUUCCUUCCUUCCUUCCUUCCUUCCUUCCUUCCUUUCCUUCCUUCCCUUCCUUCCUUUCCUUUACUUUCUUUCUCCCUCCAUCUCCCUUCCAUCCUCCCUCCAUUCCUUCCUUCCUUCUUUCCUCCCUCCUUCCUUCCUUCCUCUUCUCCUCCUUCCUCUAUCUUCCCCUUCCUUCCUCUCUCUUCCUUCCUUCCUUCCUUCCUUCCUUCCUUCCUUCCUUCCUUCUUUAUAUUUUUAGCUUUUUCUUCCUUAGUCACUGA